GUUACGUGAGUUGAAAACAUGGCAUCAUUGCAACAGUAGGUCAGAAGACGGGACCGGUUGACAGAAAGUUUGCUAUUCUACUACGAUUAUGUAUCGUUCGUUGCGUAGUGUCAUCGUGCGUUUUAUCGACUUGACGAAAAAAUUACUGAAAAGUCGCGUGUCAGCGACAGUUAUAAUCACUUACAUCAAGAAUAACGUGAAUCGAAAGUAAUUAGCUGGCAGUGUGUGGUGCUGUGGGGCAGGAGACGAUGAGGGUCGGGGGGAUAAUUCGGGUGGCGACUUGAGGGCAGAAAUGUUGAAAUUUGGUAGUAAAAGUGACGUUACGGUGGUGCAUCGCGCCACUAUUCGACUUCUAGACGACGCCGAAAUUAUCCACUGCGACUUUCAGCCUCAGGACAAAGGAAGGUAUAUUCUCGAAUAUGUAUGCAAACAACUCAAUAUCCUGGAAACGGAUUAUUUUGGGCUUCGUUACAUGGAUCAUUGUAGGCAAAGGCAUUGGUUAGAUCUGGCAAAAACAGCGAUUAAGCAAGUAAAAGACAUGGAUCCGAUUCUGUUCAGUUUUCGUGUGAAAUUUUAUCCACCGGAUCCUCUGAGGUUGAAAGAAGAAAUAACUAGGUAUCAGGUUUACCAGCAGCUUAAGAGAGACCUUCUUCAUGGCCGACUAUAUUGCAGUCCGGGUGAAGCAGCGCUGCUCGCCGCAUGCAUCGUGCAAAGUGAAAUAGGAGAUUAUGAUCCUAAACUUCACGAAGGGAAUUACAUUUCCGAGCACAAAUUACUGCUUAAACAAACGGAAGCUAUCGAGGAGAAAGCUAUGAAAUUGCAUCAAACAGAAUUGAAGGGAUUCACUCCGGAGCAAGCGGAAACUCACUUUCUUAGAUUAGCGUCGCAAUUGGACACGUAUGCCGUUGACCCACACCCUGUCAAGGACCAAAAAGGUGCGCAAUUAUAUCUCGGCAUUAAUCAUUGUGGAAUCCUAACGUUUCAAGGAUCCCGUAAAACACACCAUUUCCGCUGGCCGGAGGUUCAAAAAAUCAACUUCGAAGGAAAAAUGUUUAUUGUACAUUUAACGAUAAGCGAGGACGUGAGAACAAAGAAAAAGCACACAGUUGGGUUUAAGUGUCCCACGGGAUCGAACUGCCGCCACGUAUGGAGAUGCGCCAUCGAGCAAAUGUUAUUUUUCACAUUACCUAGGGCAUCGGAUGCACCGGUUGUAAGCGGUGGAUCUAUCUUCUCUUGGGGUACGAAGUUCAAAUAUACUGGCAGGACAGAAAAGGAAGUUUUAGAGGAAACGGGUCCACUUCGGAAGGAAGAACCACCCAUACAGCGAUGUCAAACGACGUGUCUUAGAAGAAAAGCUAGCAGUGUGCCAGCUACUCCCAGUACCCCUAGUCAGGAUCUCGUCGAAAUAAGAUAUUCCAGUUUGCCACGUAGCUGUCACAGUGCAGGUUUGGACGGUGCUGGAAUGUCAGAAGGUAGUACCGGCGUUCCAUUCAGUUCACCUUAUUGUCCAGAUAACACUUUACCACUUCUAGAACCUGUCUCGGAGGACCAAGAAAUUCAUGGCAGAAGAAAUAACGCAGUAGACGAAAAUGAUACGCAUGCGAGAGCCACCCACAACACCACCACCACUACCACCACCACCACUACCACCACCAUCACUUUCAACACCACCACAAAUCGUGCGAAAGUUAGAAUGAAAUAUCCCAAGAGCACGCCGAACCGACCUCAGCCAUUGUACAGUCAAAAGAUAGUGAUAGGUUCGGAGGAGUUAGUCGGCCGUAACAUCGAUAACGUCGUCAGGCAACGUAUAAACGCCCUCGAAAAGAGUCCGAAGGUGGUCAGGUCGACCGCUCUGAUCAUAAAGAGUUCGAAAGUGGCGGCAGAAUCGCUGAAAGCUGGUAAAGAAAUCGCGAACGAGACGUACGUGUUCCCGCCAGCCGAUUCGGGAACGAUCAUCACCACGGUGAUAGACGGUCCAUUCGAUUCUAACAGCGGUAAGACGAUCUUGCGCAGGUCUAACGAGCAGGUAAGCAUGCUCGUUCGUCAGGAGAAUGAGGUUGAAUGUCGCGGCAUCGCUUCCACCACGAAAACGGCAAACGGUUACAUUGCAUCGGCGACAAGUGACGUCGAAGACGUUAGAAACGGAGUCGAAGCCACGAAACGACGGCAAAGGACAGCCGGUCAGCACGAAGGUGUAAUUAACGACUAUUACUUUAGAGAUUCUUUCGAUCAUUCGUCGUCGGAAAGCCAAUUAUUGGAUGCGUCGGGCAAACCGCACAGUCGCUCGGUGACCCCGGUGCCACAAAUGCAGAAACUUCAAAACUCGAAAGUUUGUCUCCAGCAGCAGCAACAACAACAGCAGCAGCAACAACAGUACCAGCAUCAGCGGCAAUCCAGUCGACGUUCAAACGCUGCGAAACUGAGGCACAAGAGUCUUCGAGUCACGAGGCUUUUCAUUCCAGCAUUCAUGCUGACGAUCACCGUCUUGUUUAUCGUGAUCGUCAUGGUAUUCGAGACGGAUACGACGCUUUUCAAUAACUUGCGCAAGACACCAGAAAUGGUGGCCUUAAAGAACCAAUACUAUGUCCCUAUUAAGGAGUUCUUGAGGACAAAGCUCGGCCUAUUUUGAUGCGACCCGACGAUGACCAGGCUGAGGUCGCCCUUUGUCGCUAAGUAACUUCCUUCAGUGCCAAGUCGAGAAGACGUUGCCGAGACCGAGGAGCAAGGGUAUCGUUUCUUGUUCAUCCGUCGUUUCCUCUUUCGUGAUUCACACACGGCGGAACCACUCUUGUACUUUUCUUUUUAUAUCUCCUUGAUUUUCCUAUUUCCGAAUCGACGCAGACACGAGCCACUUAUUCGCCAAAUCGAUUAACUCCGCGAAACGGAAAGUACAGAAGAUCGAUGAGAUCGUACAAGUACCAGACACGAGCUCUGUGACGCUAAAAUUUCACAAAUUUCGCACCUGCAGUUAAUCGCUUUGGCCUGUGAAAGUCAAGGUUCGGGUAGCAUUAGCCGGUAUUCGAAGCUUUUAAACGAAUGCCGCUGUUUUAAUUCUGCUGCGCUCCUUCGAUCGAUGGGCCAAUUUCGAUCUAGUGUAUUUUUUUAAUACCGCCGAGUAUCCGAAGCUCGAGCAAUGUACGUACGGAAGAUUUGCUAUCGGUAUGCGUGAGAUUUUGUUUCACUUUUAUAUCGAGCAUUUUCUUAGAACAUCAACGGUCUUCUUAUUUCUCUAGAGAUAAAAGCAAGAUCGCGAUGUAAAAAUUCGAAGCUCGCAGCAGGAUUAACGCAGGAAUAACGUACCACCGUUUGAAUUGGCAAGAAAGGAUCGGAAGAUAUACAGUGGCUCGCAAAAGCGUUCGUACGUCUGGCACGGACAAAUUCUAUGCGUUAUCGUGCGUGUUAUAUAAAACAUAUUGAAAUUUCGUUAAAACCGUAUCGAGGCGCAACUCGAAAAUAUACAUAGAUUUGCUGCAAACUUGUGUUUAUUAAAAAGUCAGCGUAUCGUAUGAAUAAUUGGCGAGGCGUUUGUCAUUGUUUAACGGUUUAUCAGAUUUAUCUGAUUUUUUCCAUAGGUAUACACCUAUGUUACGUGUGUUUAGAGUGGUUUAAAGCUUUAAUACAACGACGACAGUUGUUUCAUGUUUAUAGUAUCGAUGAAACACGUACAAUACGUCGAAGAGAGCCACCGACAAGCGCAAGUACGAAUACUUUGGCGAGCCACUGUACCGAUACGAUAAUAGAUAAAAGAUUUGGAAUCACGAGAGCGCGAAAUAUCGAUACGAAUCUACACUUUUAUUAAACACUAUCGUCCGCGAUAAAAAAAUACCUUUGUUUUACUAUUUGUUUACUUUUUGCACUACUACGUACGUAUAUUUAAAUCUUAGUAACUUAACAUACAUAUAUAUAUAUAUUUACUCUGACAAAGACAAAGUGUUUUGUACAAAAUAUUUACAUCGCGAGUACUCGUGUUUGCUAAGUUACGCGUAAAUUUGACAAGUUGUUAGAAAACUUUGUUACAGUACGUUUAUCAAAUUUAUUUAAUAAAUUUAGAUGAAAGUCA